AUGAAAUUUCGGUACCUGAGAAAUUUUUUUCUUUUAUCAAUAAUAGUUUUUAAUUUUUCUUCGACAUGUUCAUUUAUUUUCACGCUAUCUACUGCAAAAGACAUUGCUAAAUAUGGAUAUGAUGGAAUAAAAGCAUUAAUGGAUUUGAAGAAAGCUCAUAACGAUCGCAUGUGGAAGCAAAAAGUAACAGAAUCAUUAGCAGAAAUUGUUAACAGCACUCGGAGAAUUGAAUCACUGUUAACAGAAGAAGCUGAUAGAGUGAUUGAAGAGUUGUCCGUCAAAAUUGACAUGCAAGCUGUUCACGAUUUCACAAGAGUUGUGCAUUCAAUAAAUGAAAGAUUUGAAAAAAAAUUUAUAAAAUAUUUUGUGGAAGACAAUUCUUAUCAAGUGGAAACAAUUCAAAGCUUUAUUAAUGAAACAAUAAGUGAAUCUGGUUUCCAAAGAAUUUUGCAUUCACUCAAUUCCUAUAUUAUUCCUCGCAAUUAUUUAAAUCAUGUUCCUGAUAAAAGAUUAUUUGAUAUUUUACUCGAUUAUCAAAAAAUAAAGAUGAAUCAUCAUCGAGAUUGCAAUGAAGGAUCUUCUCAUCAUCAACACUUAUUCGCUGUAUAUAAUUUAGCAGUUCAUACACUGGUUCGCGGAUAUACUAUGGUAGUUCAUGCUUACAAAUAUCGACAACUAGCACAGCCGAAUCCUAAUGCAUGGAAUUCUGAAAUUAAUGAUGCUGUAAAUGAAUUCAAAGAAGCAUUAAUGCAGAUAGCUCCUAUAGCACGUCGAGCAAUGAAUGAAGCUUCUAAAGAAAUCCGUCGUUGUGAUCCUAAUGAGCUUGUAGAAGGUUCUAAUUAUAUAAGCUUGAAGAACUUUUUAUCAAUUAUUUUAACUACUCAAACCUCGAUGAGUUCUGAUUUUUCGUGUACCGGUAGCUGCAGUAGCUAUAAAAAAUUAGGUAGCAUUUUUACAAAUAAAAACAGACUUUCUCAAUUUCAAUGUACCGGAUCUGCUUAUAACUGCUGGAAAACUAGUGUAACUCAAAUAUGUUUAGCUAAUCCUGGUAGUGGCCGACGAUUUGAAGCUUUAACAGAAAAUUAUGGAUUGUUUAAUUUAUAUGAACACCAUCGAAGGGGUAUUUGGAGUGAAAGAUGUUACAAAGAAAAAAUUUCAGCAUUCGAUUUUAUAAAUAAUGACCCACUUUGUAAUAUUUGUGCGUGCACUUGUGAUGAAUGGGCAAAUUCUGAAAGCAUUCGGUCUUUUAGUCUUAGAGAACAAUAUACUGAUUUCCGCGAUGGAAGAAUUGUUACGGGAAUUCGUGUAAAAGUAGUUGACAAAGUAAUCCAUUUAGAAAUUCAAGAAGGAAAACUAGUCAAUGGAUCCAUUGAUCCAAGUACUGUUAUGUGGAAUCCAAAUGCUAGCUAUUUACCUCAAAGAGGUUCUGAAGUUGUUCAACUGAAUUAUAAUAUGCGUUCAGUAAACUUGGAUAAUAUUGUACUUCCACCAGGAUAUGCUGUAACAGGUGUUAGAUUUGCAUUACUUAGAAAUAGAAUAACAUUGGUAGUGGCUGGAACACAAAUUUUUGAUGAAGCAGGAGAAAUUAUAACUCCCACAUAUAUGCAAUGGUACUGGCCAAAUCAAUUACCCAGAACUGAACUUGAGUUAGUUCAAGCUGACAUUCCAGACAGGGAAAAUAAAGUAAAUGUUGAAGUUAGUCAACCUGGAGAACAGUUUGUAAAAUUCCAGUUGACAGAUUGGAAUAAAGAUGCUAGUCAAACAUUAGUUCCUUACAUAGAUUCACAAGCAAUAUUUUCUGAUCCACCAAUACCUAUUGGUGGAGUUGGAAUUUUUUAUAAGAACUACAAUGGAAGUGGAGGAUUUUUAUCUUUAAAACUUUCAGCUGCUGAUUAUUCUAUUCAUGUAAAUGAAACAAAUCUCAGUCAAAUGUUUAGUGAUAAUUGAAAUGCUACUAUUUAAGAAUGUGAUGUU